AAAAAUGUUGCCUUACAAAUCAACAACAGUGAACAAUUUUGAUGAAUAUUUAAUUACAUUUCUUAACAAGGCAGACAACAGAAUCGCUCAACUAUUGGAAAGAUCAAAAAAAAUGCGAAAUGGUGGUGAAAAAGUUCAAAAGGUGAAGGCUGAUCUAGAAGAUCGUUUCCCAGGAGCAAAAAUUUAUUUUUAUGGAACGAGAUUCAUGCAACUUGGACACGACAAAAGUCAUUUGAACGCUUUCAUGGAAUUGGAAAAUUCAUAUUGGUUCACUCAGAAGCCCGAAAAGAUUGAAAAAUUGAUGGAAGAAGUUCAACAAUACUUCAAAUCAGAAUUGGAAAAGAACAAAAUUAGCGAGAAACAAAAGGAUAAGAAUAAACUUAGCGUGAAGCAAGAGGAAAUCAUGCCAUCUGAAUUAUGGACUAAACCCUUAAAUCUUUUAAAAACUCCCGUCCCAACUGUUCGUGUUACAUUACGAAAAAAUUUGCAAUUUGAUCUAACAUUCUCAAGUGGCUUGGGCGUUGAAAAUACAAAACUUAUUCAUCAUAUGUUUUCUCUUCAACCGGAAGCUUUCAAGAUUUAUCACUUCGCUCGUAUUUGGAUUCAUAUCGAAGAAUUUAGAUUCAAGCGAUACGUCGUUGCUUUGUUAGUUCUGUUCUUCUUGCAAAAGCAUAAAUUUAUGCCUUCAGUUGUGAUGAUGCAAGAGAAUGUGGAAAAAAAUUGUAUUGGACCUUGGAAUGUUGCAUUUAAUAAACAAAAAGGAAUUAAGGAUUAUGGAUUGGAAAGUAUAACCGAUUACAAAGAACACUUCGUUGAUUUCUUCGAUUUCUAUUCAACAUUUGAUUUCCGGAAAAAUGUUAUUUGUCCCUAUCUUGGUCGUGAAGUUCCAAUCAAGUCAUAUCCCACAAAAGAACCAGAAUUGAAUAAUUACGCUGAAGAUAUCAAAAACUUCUUAUUUGCUGAUGUGAACAUUUCAGAGCCUUUCAAUUUGAACUUCAAUGUUGCUUACAAUGUCGGAAAAAAGCGAUUACAAAAAUUUAUUCCGUUCUGUGCGCAUGCAGUCAAUUUAUUAGAAAAUUAUUAAUAAAUUGAAUUUGCUGUUCCAUUGAAUUGUUAAAUAAAUAAAACAUUUUCAUGCAGAAUAUUUUUUAAAGUUAGUUGAAAUAGUAUUAUCAAAUUCUUAGCAUUUGUGAGAUCCUGAUGAUGGCUAAUUUUGUCAC